UGUGUUUCGCCCCGGUUUGUGUGUCUGAUGCUCUCCCUUCCCUGUUUCCCAGCCUCAGUUCCCCAGGGAUGGAUGGUGGAGCAGUGUCCCUGAGCUGUGGUGGUGCCUGCCCCGCUUUCCUCGGUGCAGCAGCUCCUCCGUGCUUCGCUGUCCCACAUUCCUGGGCUGUUUAUGGCCGCAAUUCCUUGGAUUGCUGGCCGGCUGCUCUCCAGAAAGGGCUGGUGGAGCUGGUGCAGGCUCCCUCUGCCCGGUGAGGGACGCUGGCUCCUCAGAAGGGCCUCGUCCCUCCCUGUGGCCGUUCCCACACUGGUCACACCGCUUUGGUGGGAAAGUGGGGUUUUCUGCUCAUUUGUCUUUUGACUUUUGCUGCUGGAGCUGCGGCCCCCGGGAGUUUGCUGUGGUCCCACCUGUACCCGCUGGUGACCCCUGAAGAAAUGCUGCGGGACCCUGCCGUGCUUGUCGCUGGGGCAGAGCGGCUGCUGGAAGGCGCUGCUCAAAAUGCAGGGGAGAUGAGGCGGUGGCUGUGGCAAGGAGAGGACGGGGCAGGCAGGGGAGGUGACGCCAGGGCCCGGACGGGGCAGGGGAGUUGGGAGCAGCGAGGGGCUCGUGGGCCACCAGAGCAGCUGGACCCUAAGCUGCCUCCUGAGCCCCGGGGAUGCUCCCGCUCCCGCGGCCGAGCGUGCCACAGGCACCGGCACUGAGCCGAGGGGAGCCUCUGCCCUGCCCCUCACUGGGGCUCGUGGGCCAGGUGGUUUGGCCACUUUCUAGAUGCUCCCAACGAGGAGGGUUUGGGCUCUGGGUCCUCCCCGUGCCCUUCACUGCCACUUCUCGCUCCCGCAAGGAGCAGAGCGGCACGUUUGGCUUUCUCGGCUGGUCCCCAAACUGCAGGGGCUCCUGUCCCCGGGAGUCGCUGCCGGGGAGCUCUGGGGCUCGUGGGGAGCCAGACCUCGGCCUUGGGGUUCAGUAGCCCGGCCAGAAAGGCUGAGAGCAGACACAGAGCCGAGCUUCCCCUCACCAGAGGGGGAUCAUGAAGCUGAGAUCCCUGGGGACCCACAUCCUGGGGCAUGUGGUGCCAGAGACCCACUCUGGGGACGGCGAUAAGGAAAGGGGUGAUGGCUGGAACGAGCCCCUCCUGGAGCGGUGUCCCCGGUGUCUGUGUGGUGGCAGGGGCUCCGUCAGGGCUAACGGCCGUCCCUUUCCCUCCCCAGCCAUGACAGCGUAGGCAGGCGGCGAGAGAUGGAUCGCUUCACCGAGUGCGGGACGCAGACGGAGGCGGUGGUGGUGCUGUCCCUGGCGCAGGCGGCAGUUCUGGGCUUGGUGUCUGAGAAUGAGCUGCUGGGGGCCACCGUCAGCCCCGCCGGCUUCUUCCCGGGGCUGGGAGGGGACCUGCCGGACGCCGCCGCAGGGGAGCCCGGGGAGCUGGAGGGCGAGGGGCAGGCGCCGGGGGACGGGCAGGAGGAGGACGCCUUGGAGGCCGAGUCCUCCCUGGAGAAGCACGCCCGGAGGAGGAAGCGGCCUCCGGUGAGGCUGGUGCCCAAGGUCAAGUGCGAGAAGGCGGAGGCGGAAGAUGAGGCGCCGUACGACGUGCCCAUCCCCGGGGAUGAGGAGGGCGAGCAGCAGCGUGGGCACCCGAGCCCCCCCCCGCAGGACCCCAGCCCGGAGCCCUCGGUGCAGAGCAGCGCCAUGACGAUGAUCGACCUGGGCGCCUUCGGCAGGAAGCCCCGGCGGCUGCGGCACCUGCGCCGGCACCUGCGCCAGCCCCCCGAGGGCAGCCAGCGCCGCCGCGGGGACGCCCACCCGGAGGGAGGCACCACCGGGGCCCCACGCACCCACUGCCCCUUGGAGACGGGCGCCCCGUCCCCCGGGGAGGCGGAGGCCCCCGCGCCGGCCUCCCCCGAGCCUGUGAUGCCGGACGCCGCCGCGGGGGAGCCCGGGGAGCUGGAGGGCGAGGGGCAGGCGCCGGGGGACGGGCAGGAGGAGGACGCCUUGGAGGCCGAGUCCUCCCUGGAGAAGCACGCCCGGGCCUCGCUGGACCGGCUGGACAUCAACGUGCAGAUCGACGACUCCUACCUGGUGGAGGCGGGCGACCGGCAGAAGCGCUGGCAGUGCCGCAUGUGCGAGAAGUCCUACACCUCCAAGUACAACCUGGUGACCCACAUCCUGGGCCACAACGGCAUCAAGCCCCACUCCUGCCCCCACUGCAACAAGCUCUUCAAGCAGCCCAGCCACCUGCAGACCCACCUGCUGACCCACCAGGGCACCCGGCCCCACAAGUGCGAGGUCUGCAGCAAAGCCUUCACCCAGACCAGCCACCUCAAGCGGCACAUGCUGCUGCACACCGACAUCAAACCCUACAGCUGCCGCUUCUGCGGCCGGGGCUUCGCCUACCCCAGCGAGCUGAAGGCCCACGAGGUGAAGCACGAGAGCGGCCGCUGCCACGUCUGCGUGGAGUGCGGGCUGGACUUCUCCACCCUCACCCAGCUGAAGCGGCACCUCUCCACGCACCAGGGCCCCACGCUCUACCAGUGCCUGGAGUGCAGCAAGUCCUUCCACUACCGCAGCCAGCUGCAGAACCACAUGCUGAAGCACCAGAACGUCCGGCCCUUCGUCUGCACCGAGUGCGGGAUGGAGUUCAGCCAGAUCCACCACCUCAAGCAGCACUCCCUCACGCACAAGGGCGUGAAGGAGUUCAAGUGCGAGGUGUGCGGGCGGGAGUUCACGCUGCAGGCCAACAUGAAGCGGCACAUGCUGAUCCACACCAGCGUCCGGCCCUACCAGUGCCACAUCUGCUUCAAGACCUUUGUGCAGAAGCAGACGCUCAAGACCCACAUGAUUGUGCACUCACCGGUGAAGCCAUUCAAAUGCAAGGUCUGCGGGAAGUCCUUCAACCGCAUGUACAACCUGCUGGGCCACAUGCACCUCCACGCGGGCAGCAAGCCCUUCAAGUGUCCCUACUGCUCCAGCAAGUUCAACCUGAAGGGCAACCUCAGCCGGCACAUGAAGGUCAAGCACGGGGUGAUGGACAUCAGCCUGGACAGCCAAGAUCCCAUGAUGGACCUGGCUGGGGCCGACCAUGCUGAGCUGGAUGGGCAGCAGGAGAUGGACGACUUCGAGGAGGAGAACUCUUACGGCUACGGGGGCGUGGGCAACCCCCCGGACGAGCACGCCCUGACCGAGCAGGCCAUGAAGGAGAUGGCGUACUACAACAUGUUGUAGCCCAGGCUGGAGGAGGCCGCCGGGGGCCCCGUGGACUUGGGGUGGUAAGAGGAGCUGCUGCGGUGCCUGGCCAGCCCUGCCCCACUGCCCCUCCUGGGGGGGCUCCAGCUGAGCUUGGCAUGGGAGAAAACAGGGACGUCCAAAAACCUUUGCCGGGGCCAAGGCAGGACGGGGGCUGGAGGUGGCCCAGGGCAGUGGUCACUGCUGGCCACGGGCACAAUGAGCUGGUCCAGCGGGGGGUACUGCCGGACCCUGGCCAUCGCUGGGGGCCAUCACCAGCAGCCCUGCAGCUCCCCUGCCCCACACUGACCCCCCCGGCUCUGCUCCU